AUGGGUCUAUUGCAACUUGCGCGUCCAAACCGGCAAAAUUCGGAAUCUCCAUCACACCGGCCCGGUACUAGGUGUGCCUAUCAUUCAGGGGCAGAGGGUCAUGAUACGGAGGAUUCUUUGAAAGCUAUCAUCGCCAUUGUCGAUUCAGAGGCAAGACCUAAAGCGGCAGUGAAACAAGCCAGAAAUGAGAAAAAAAUCACUCUAACUCCUCAAAUUGCAGAAACAAAUACUGCAGCAGCACCUGCUAAGGACACAAUUCUCUAUGUUCCUAGGGCCCCAAGGAAAGAAGAACUCAUGUUGAACACUCCCAAAAUAUUUGAGCAGAGGAAAGUCACGCUAAAUGUGCCAAAGUUGUAUGUGCCAAAAGGGACUUAUGUGGCGCUGGGGCCGGUAAUUUCACCAAGGCUGAAUGAGCCCGUGGUUAUUAGCCGCGCACCACAGAGCCCUAUGAGAGAUCCCACUGCAGUCCCCUGGAAUUAUAGCAAAACAAUGGUUACUUACAAGGGGAAAGAGAUUAUGGGGGAGGUGAACGAAAUGAACCAACCUAGGAAGUACCAUAACCCAGAAGAGCAAAAGAUGUUAAAACUGAGCAAGGAUAAACGGUUUCCGCCUAAGAAGCCUGUGAGUUCUAAGGAAGCAGAAGAGUUUUUCCGAAAAAUGAAAACUUCGAAAUAUGCAAUAAUUGACCAGCUCAGGAAGACUCCUUCCCAGGUUUCACUUUUAUCUCUUUUUAUUAGCUCAAAUGAACAUCAGAAGGUACUCUUGAAAACAUUGAACGAGGCAUAUGUCCCGGUUGAAACUUUAGUUGAACAACUGAAAAGAAUGGCUGAACAAUUCUUUGAAGUUAAUAGGAUUUCCUUCAGCCGUGAUGAUCUGCCCCAAGAGGGAGCCGCCUACAACAAAGCCCUUCACUUGACUGUCAAACGCGGAGGUUAUUAUAUGAAGAGAGUCAUGCUAGAUGGUGGGUCUAGGGUCGACAUUUGCCCUCUUUCAAUGCUCCAGAGGAUGAAAAUUAGAACAGAAAGAAUCCGACCAAACAAUGUAUGUGUGCGCGCUUUUGAUGGUGUCAAACGAGACACAAUAGGGAAAAUUGAUUUGAUUUUAACCAUUGGCCCUAUGGAUUUCGAAGUAACUUUCCAGGUUCUGGACAUGGAUACUUCAUAUAAUUUUCUCCUAGGAAGACCAUGGAUUCACACUGCAGGAGCUGUGCCCUCCACUCUUCAUCAAAUGGUCAAAUUUGAACAUGAAAACCAAGAAAUUGUUGUCCACGGGGAGGAUGAACAGUCAAUUUACAGGGACCCUUCAGUCCCAUGUCUCGAAGCUAGAGAAGGAAGUGAGCACAUUGUCUACCAAGCCUUCGAAAUUAUGAUCGCUGAUCAAUGCGAAGAAGGGGCCCCGUUCCCUCAACCUUGCUUAUCUAAUGCCUCGGUCAUGGUCGCCACUGAAAUGAUUAAACAUGGGUAUAAGCCCGGAAAGGGGCUCGGGGUAUAUCUACAAGGAAUCAUAGAGCCUGUUACGUCAAUCGCCAAUGAGAAGUUCUUCGGCGUAGGUUUUCGAGCUACAGAGGCUGAUAGAAAAUGGGCUGAUGAGCGCAAGAAAAAUGGGUGGGUCCUGCCUCAGCCCGUUCCGCAUCUCACCAAGUCAUUUAUUGAUCCCAAAUAUGUAGAAGAAGAAGAAGAAGAGAUCUUCACAGCUGAAAAGAUUGAGGAUAUUUGUGAAGCCAUGAAACGAAUGUUGUAUGAGUCCCACAUGGUCCAGCCGGGGGAAGGAACGAGCACUGCUGAGGUGUUAUACAUGGGGCCAAAUGCCAAGCUUCAGAAUUGGAAAGCUACCCCAUUCCCUAUCAGGCGGGAAUCCCGGUAG